UAGAAUACUACAAAUUAUUAUAAGCCUUAAGUUUAGGAAACAGUCAUGGGCUGCAGUUACAAAUUUACAAGGUGUCUUUCUGUUUUUUAAACUUUAUAAUUAAUUAAAAUUCAUUAACGUGUUAAAAUAGGAAAAAAUUUCAGUUUUGUCAUGCCUUAUUCCUAAUCCUAGUAGGAAUAGACUAACACGCUAUUUUUUUUUUCUCUUUGUUAUAAAUAAACCCUCAAACCCUCUCUACUAGUCCCUCAGAAAAUCAGUCUUCAUACCUUUUCACCAGAAAAUCAGUCCUCAUUCCAUUAUGUCUGUGAUGAUAAUCACAAGUUUGGGGGACAUGGUGAUCGAUUUGUUCACCGAUCAGUGUCCGUUAACCUGCAAAAAUUUUCUGAAGUUGUGUAAGAUAAAGUAUUAUCAUAAUUGUCUCUUUCACACUGUUUGGAAGGAUUUCACAAUGCAAACCGGAGAUCCAACCGGAACAGGAACUGGAGGGGUUUCGAUAUACAAAUUUUUAUACGGUGAUCAGGCGCGUUUUUUCAGUGAAGAGAUUCAUUCUGACUUGAAGCAUUCAAAGAAAGGGACUGUGGCAAUGGCUAGUGCUAGUACUGGUGGGAAGAAUCUAAAUGCUUCUCAGUUCUAUAUCACGUUACGUGAUGACCUUGAUUCCCUUAAUGGGGAGCAUACUGUUUUUGGAGAGAUUACGGAAGGGUUUGACACGUUGAAUAGGAUAAACGAAGCUUAUGUGGAUGAAAAGACCGGCAAGCCUUAUCAAAAUAUCCGAAUCAAACAUACUUACAUAUUGUAUGAUCCUUUCGAUGAUCCUUCCCAAUUAGCCGACUUGAUUCCAGAUGCUUCACCUGAAAGAAAGCCUAAAGAUGAGAUUGAUGAUGAUGUUAGACUAGAGGAUGAUUGGAUGCCAGAGGAUGAGCAAUUAGGUGUUCGUGAAGAGAAAGAAGCACAUUCCCGAGCAGUAGUACUUGAAAGUGUAGGGGACAUUCCUUAUGCUGAGAUGAAACCCCCUGACAAUGUGCUCUUUGUUUGUAAAUUAAAUCCGACAACUGAAGAGGAAGCACUGUAUAUAAUCUUCUCAAGCUUUGGAACCGUGACAUCUGCUGAAGUAAUCAGAGAUCACAAGACUGGGGUUAGUCACUGUUAUGGUUUCAUCGAGUUUGAGGAUAAGGAGUCCUGUGAGCAAGCCUAUAUUAAGCUGGAUAAUACUGUCAUUGAUGAUCGAAGGAUACGAGUUGAUUUCAGUCAGAGUGUAGCAAAGUUAUGGUCCCAAUAUCGACCUAGAAACCGAAAAAGCAGUGGUGUUGAUGCCAUCAAACAGCCGAGGAGCUACGUACUUAAAGAAGACAACAAGCAGUAUCGAGGAGAUGGCAACUCAAAGUACUCGAAAUUUAUGAGAGCAAGAAAAGAGACAAGAAAGCACAAAGGGAGAAAAUACCAGCAAAUAACAAAGCCACGUUAAGGCUGGUCAAAUAGAUCCAAUUAUGAGCAUAUAACAAUGUGUAAUCAGUUGAAAUUAGAGAAUGAAGAUUCUAUCCCUUUUUUUAUUUAGAACAGUUAACUCCCCUCAUCCGAGACAUAGCUGCUUUACCUUGACAUGAUUUGUGAUAAAAAAAUUAGAAAAAAAGAAAUGCGCAUAAGAAGAGACUAGAGUUAGCAGUCAAGUGAACUGUUUAAUGGCUGGACGUGGAAGCUACUUUGGCUAAAACAUUUUAAGAACAUAAAUUGAACACUUGGGGGAACAUUAGGGCCACCAGAGUCAGGAGGGUAUUUUGAUCCUUACUCCAUAGUUGAAGGCACGAACGUCAUCUUAACCCCAAAAGUACUAUAAAAAAUGCUACAUUCCUGCUAAACAUGUCGAGAUGUUUAGUUUUGCUAAUCCAGUUUCAACAAAAAACAACAGAGAAAGCAUAGAAAGAUGCUUAACAUAAAACCCACAUCUUUAAAUACUGAAAGAAGUAGCUUCUACUUUUAUUGCAGGAGUAUUCAUGUAGUCCAAAGAAAAUAGAUCCCAAACUGAUUUUUUACCUAAUCACCAAA